CCCACUGAUCCAUCCGCUCCGCUAAUCCCUCCGUCAUUUCCUCCCCUUCCGCUCCGCUAAUCCCUUCAUCACUUCCUCCCCUGCCAAAAAUCCCUGCCGUUGGCGUCCCAUGGAGGCAGGCACGCAGCCUGUACGCGCCGGUCAUCGCCACCGCUCCUCUGCUCCGCCGGCCGUCCACGCCCAAACCAUGCCUCCUGCCCUCCACAUCUCCCCACACGGCACCGCCUCCGCCGGCCCUCCACGGGCCUCUUCGGCGCCCAACCACCCGCGGGCCUCUUCGGCGCCCCUCACCCGCCGGCCACCGCCCUCCCAGUGGUCCCUCUCACCGCCCCCUUCUCGGUGCCCACCAGCCGUCCUCCCGGCGCUCCCCACUCCACCACACGAAGACAAAGUCGAGACGGCACCAGGUGCCAGCAUCGCCGGCUCGCCGCACUUCGCUGGCCAACAAUCGCCACGGGCGCUCCCUGAUCCCUUCGCGCGGCAACAGCAACGGGUGCCCCAGUCCCCUCCAUGCGUCCGUGCACUCCGCCUGGGAGUUGCUCUAUUCCCAGGAGAGUCAAGACUUCUAUCUCAUAAGAUAUUCAAUGGAUAUUUUGUGAAACUAUUCUACCUCGGUGUUUGUCCAGAAGAAACAAACUCAUGUUCAGGAAGAGCUAUUUUGUGCACAUGAGUUGCUAUUGGCAGUGGAAAGAUUGUCUAUGUAGAGAGCUUAGAGAAAAAAGUGAGUGGUUCAAUUUUAUGUGAUGGGAAUGUUCACAAGGCAUCUUAAUUUUUGGAGAGAUAUAAACCCAUAAAGAAUUCAGAAUUGUGCUUGUUCACAGCUUUCUUUCAGUGAUUAGUAGUUGAUUUGCUUUGCAAAACAAUUAUAUUAUAGGUUAACUUGUCUAUAUAUUGCUUCACAUUUGUGUGUUUUAAGGUGAAUUCCGUACAGAUUGUGGUAGCUAGAGCAGGUGAAUGUCCGUGGCUGCUAGCUACAAGCAUCAAGUAAUCGUACCAAGAUUGCUUGGGUGUCGUGGUCCGAUAAGCAUCAAACAUUUGUAUGCCGAUUGGUAACAGGCUGAUUUAGAGUGGAUAAUCUACCGGUUUUGGGACUGACUUCAACAAGUAAAAAUUUAUGGGUAGUCAAGGUAAAUACUCACCCAAAGGGCAACAAAUUGGUUAUCGUUUUAACAGCAACUGGACAAAAGGUCCAUUUUCAAAGCAUUGUUUGAACUGGAAUGGUCGAUUUCUUUCUGCAGAAUAUAGUGCUGGUUUUAAUGGAUAAGAUGUCUUGGUAUUUUUUUUUAGUGAGAAAUGCAUCUUGGUUCAACCUUUCAUUUAUGUUUUCUGAACAUAGGUCAUGAUUCUGAACGAAGAGAGUGGAUCUUGAAUAGUAAAGAUGGUACUGCCCCAUAUAACUACAGUGCAAUUAUACUGGAGCAUGCAGGUUCAUCUUUGUUCAGUUAUACUGUGCAAUCUAGGUUCAUCUUUGUGCAGUUAUACUGCCUUCGUGUCCUAUAACUACUGGAAACUACGACCACAGUGCAGUUAUACGGGAACCUAUAACUACUGUGCAAUGUAGGUUGUUCUUUGUGCAGUUAUACUGCCUCCUAAUCCAACCUUCACUUUGUUGAUCCUGAAGCAUGAAAGCACAUUAUGUAGUAUGAUCUGCAGCCUUUUCAGCACUGUUUUUAUUUUUCCUUUUUUCUCUUUUUUCAUUUCCAGUUCUUGCUCUCUAAGCCGGUUCUCAGCUAAUGUACGGUUGUCCCCCCUUCUUAAUGCAAUGGCCGAACUACUUCUUGUUAUGGUCAAAAAAUCAAGUAAAAAGACAACAUCUUGAUUUGACUCUUAUAAAAUGAAAUAAAAAUAUUCAUAUUGAUGACCAUUUCUUGUAGCAUUGUUGAUGUUCUUUCGUUUGCCGUUUUAUGUUUUCACAGUUUGAUGAUGGUAUUUUUUGUGGUUAGAUUUAAAAGAUAUCAAGAAUGAAGAAUGAUGUUCUGGAUCUGUGCAAUGAUGACAUUAACAGGGGAAUUGCAUAAAUGGGGUAAUUCAAUUUUUGAUUUAGUCACUUGCAAAACUAGGUAACAGAACUUUGGACUAUCACAAUACUAUUGCUUUGAUAUUGAUUUGUCAUCGUCAGUGUCGAUGUGGGGCGUAGGAGGCACAGAGAUGAUGCUGAUCGCCAGCGAUUAGCAGUCGAGGAGCGGUACCCCGGCCUGCGCCUGAGCUACAAUAGCAUGUUACCAUUGAUAACAUGAGCUAUUGCUAAUGGUCUGCUGACUAAUGUACUGACAACUUGAAAUCAUCUUUUCUUUAAACUUAGUGGUAAUUUAUCAAGGAAAGAUAUAUAUUUGUUGGUCAGUUGCUCAGUUCCAGGGAUGGAAUCUGGCUUGCUUGCUGCUUUGCCAUAAGCCGCUUUUGUUUGCGACUGAAUUUAGCUCAUAAUAGCUCAAAAUGAAAGAAAAAAGUCGUUUUAUAUUGUGACAAAUAUGCUACCAACUUUUAUCUUAACAUUUAUUGUCCCUUUUUUUUGUUGUUUUUAU